AUGGCAAACAGUUACUUUGCAAAAAGAAACCACCUCUUUCUUUCGGUUUCAAGUGACAGAGACUCUUCUCUAUCAUUAACAACGGAUUCAGAUUCCAUGUUUGAAUUCCAAGAAUCAGACAUUUACAAUUCCGACCAUGCUUACUCGGCGGAGUUUUGCAAAUCUCUCCAUGGCUCUCGCUCGGUAAAGAAACCGUCUUCAUCGAAGACAAAGGACGCCGGAGGAACUGCAGCGUCCGUGCCAGUAAACAUCCCCGAUUGGUCGAAGAUCCUCGGGGACGAGUACACGAAGAGAAUUAAGAUGGAAAUGGAGGGAGAGGAUGAAGACGAGAGUGGGUGGUUACCACCGCAUGAGUUUUUGGCGAGGAAGAGAGUGGCUUCUUUGUCAGUACAGGAGGGUUUUGGAAGGACUCUUAAGGGAAGAGAUCUUAGUAGGCUCAGAAAUGCUAUUUGGGCAAAAACUGGGUUCCAAUAA